AUGAAAUUUGUUGCAUGGCGUGAUGCUAUGGCAAAAGAAAUUCAAGCUCUUGAAUCAAAUAACACUUGGACUUUAUCUUUUAUUCCUGAAGGAAAAACACCCAUUGGUUGUAAGUGGGUUUACAAAAUCAAAUAUUGCUCAGAUGGUUCAAUUGAGCGCUAUAAAGCUCAUUUAGUUGCAAAAGGUUAUACUCAAGUCGAAGGUAUAAAUUACCAUGAUACCUUCGCACCAGUUGCCAAACUAGUUACUGUUCGUCUCCUUCUUUCCAUUGCUACCAUUGAAAAUUGGUCUCUGUAUCAACUUGAUGUCAACAAUGCAUAUAUCCAAGGAGAUCUCAAUGAGGAAGUUUAUAUGAAACUUCCUCCUGGCUUCUCUUGUAAAGGGGAGACUCGUGUUUUCAAAUUAAAUAAAUCUAUUUAUGGUCUAAAACAAGCAUUUCGACAGUGGUUCUCUAAAUUCUCAACCACACUUACUCGUCAUGGUUUUAAACAAUCCAUUUCAGACUAUAGUCUUUUUACACAUAUUAACGACCCCACAUCGAUUUUUGUUUUUGUCUAUGUUGAUGAUAUUAUUAUCACUGGCAAUAAUGAUGCUCAACAGUUUUCUCCCUCAACACUUUCUUCUCUCUCUUCUCUUUCUGCUCUGCUGAGACCACAUCAACUCAUCCUUUCAAAGAAAAACUCAAUUUUAAGCAAAUAUCCCACUCCCAUCUCAAAAUUUAACAAAGAAAGGUAUAUAUAUACACAUAUAGUUGAUAUGGGUAUUGAGAAACCUUCAGUUGGUCUAUCAAAGGUGGCAAAUUCUGACACUCAUGGAGAAGACUCGCCCUAUUUUGCUGGCUGGAAAGCAUACGAUGAAAAUCCUUAUCAUGAAAUAACUAACCCAUCAGGAGUCAUACAGAUGGGAUUAGCUGAGAAUCAAGUUUCAUUUGAUUUGCUGGAGAAGUACUUGGAAGAAAACUCAGAAGCCUGCAGCUGGGGAAAAGGGGUGUCAAGCUUUAGAGAGAACGCUUUGUUUCAAGACUACCAUGGCCUUUUAUCUUUCAGACAAGCAAUGGCAAGUUUCAUGGAGAAAAUUAGAGGAGGAAGAGCUAAGUUUGACCCCAGUAGAAUUGUCCUCACCGCCGGCGCAACCGCAGCCAAUGAGCUCUUGACAUUUAUUUUAGCCGAUCCCGGCGAUGCUUUGCUCAUUCCAACCCCAUACUAUCCAGGAUUUGAUAGAGAUUUAAGGUGGAGAACUGGAGUGAAAAUUGUACCAAUACACUGCAAUAGCUCAAACAAUUUCCAGAUUACCCCUGAGGCUUUAGAAGCUGCAUAUAAUGAAGCUGAAUCAAUGAACGUUAGAGUGAAAGGUGUUCUCAUCACAAACCCUUCCAACCCAUUAGGAGCAACGAUCCAACGGUCAGUACUCGGGGAGAUUCUCGAAUUCGUCACACGAAAAAACAUCCACCUCGUAUCGGACGAAAUCUACUCGGGAUCGGUCUUCUCGUCCUCGGAAUUCGUGAGCAUUGCCGAGAUUCUCGAGGAGCAAAACUACAAAAACUCAGAACGAGUUCACAUUGUUUACAGUCUCUCCAAGGACCUGGGGCUCCCUGGGUUUCGUGUCGGCACGAUAUACUCGUACAACGAUAAAGUGGUGACAACGGCGAGGAGAAUGUCGAGCUUCACUUUGAUAUCUUCCCAGACUCAACAUCUCUUGGCGACGAUGCUAUCCGACGAGAAAUUCACCGAUAAUUACAUAAAGACGAACAGGGCAAGGCUGCAAAAGAGAUACGAGAUGAUAAUUUCGGGGCUGAAGAGAUCCGGGAUCGAGUGUUUGAAAGGGAAUGCGGGGUUGUUUUGCUGGAUGAACUUGAGUCCGCUUUUGGAAGAACCCACGAGAGAAGGUGAGUUGAGACUUUGGGAUUCAAUUCUCGGCGAGAUGAAACUCAAUAUCUCGCCAGGAUCUUCAUGCCAUUGCUCCGAACCGGGAUGGUUUAGGGUGUGCUUCGCCAACAUGAGCGAACACACACUAGAAGUCGCUUUGAAAAGAAUACACAAUUUUGUGGAGCAAAGAGAUCUAGCCAGAAAUUACUAUUAAUUGAUAUUGGGCGGUCUAGUACAAAGUAACGUCUCUCUCUUUUGAUCUCAAGAUCACUACAUUUUUUAUUAUAUUCUUACAUAUAUUUACUUUUUAUGA